GAUGUUGCGGAUGAGCAAUGUUUAUCCAAUCCUAAGGGCACUUUGUGGGUGUAGGGCGUUGCUGUAUUUUAUUUUUAUUUUUUUGAAUUUAUGGGAAAUAUGAGUGAAAUAUUGAGGAAACAAUUGAAAAGGGGGUGAUUUCAGCAGAAAAAUCUUAUCCAUUCUAACAAUAAAAUUUAAAAGUCAAAAUUUAUGUCAAGAAACUUGUAGCUAAAAUGAUUUGUAACCCCUGCAUCCGAAGUUCUAGCUUUGAUUCAUCCUUCUCCAAAUAUUGCUCGUAUUAAAAUAAAAAAAAUUAAAAUUUAUGGCAAUAAAAUUCCCCCAAAAUUACUUUCUUUUUCAAGACUCCAAGUUCCAACUCUAUAUAAAAUAAAAUUAAAAAGAAAAAAGGAAAAAAUUAUCUAUCAUCUCUCACCUUCCAAAAUUCCAAAUUUACCGCAGAGCGCCAACGCAUAGCAAACUGUUUAAAUUUAAAGGUGUAAAUCCGCUCACUAUUUGUGUACUUAAUUGGACUUGUGCUGUUGUCAUGAGUUGCGUCAAGACUUGCCGCGAGUCGUUCAACUUCACUUUGUAUCUUCCCUUCCCCGUCAUUUCCUUCUGACUCGUCAUCAUCCCCUCCCCUGCAAUCUAGGGCUUCUUCUUUCUCUCUCUCUCUCUCUCUCUCUCUCUGAUAACCCAUUUUCUCAAACACUGAUACAAAGCAGCAAGUAAACAUGGAAGGAGUCGAAGACGCGGCGACAAUGAUCAACUUGGCCAACACUCCUCCUCCGCCCUUUCUGAACAAAACCUACGACAUGGUGGACGACCCGUCCACCAACGCCGUCGUUUCCUGGAGCGACGGCAACAACAGCUUCGUCGUUUGGAACGUGCCCGAGUUCUCCAGGGACCUCCUGCCCAAGUAUUUCAAGCACAACAACUUCUCUAGCUUCGUCAGGCAGCUGAAUACUUAUGGUUUUAGAAAGGUUGAUCCAGACCGAUGGGAAUUUGCAAAUGAAGGGUUUCUAAGAGGCCAGAAACACCUUUUGAAGACUGUCAGCAGGCGGAAACCAGCUCAUGCACAGAGUCAUCAACAAGCACCACCUCAAGUGCAGAGCUCUCAGGUUGGGGCAUGUGUUGAGGUGGGAAAUCUUGGGCUGGAGGAAGAGGUCGAAAGACUUAAAAAUGACAAGAACAGUCUUAUGCAGGAACUUGUUAGAUUGAGGCAGAAACAGCAAGCAACAGAUAAUCAGUUACAUAAUGUUGGACAACGUGUGCAGGGAAUGGAGCAGCGGCAGCAGCAAAUGAUGUCAUUUCUUGCAAAGGCUAUGCAUAGUCCUGGAUUUUUAUCCCAGCUUGUACAGCAUCAAAAUGAAAACAACAGGCGAAUCACUGGAAGCAAUAAGAAAAGGAGACUCCCAAGGCAAGAAGAUGAAAUUUUGGUUGGGAAGCUUAGCACCAAAUCUCUCGAUGGACAAAUGGUGAAGUACCAACCUUCAAUGAAUGAAGCAGCAAAAGCAAUGCUGCGGCAGAUCUUGAAGAUGAAUACAUCUCCUAGGCUGGAACCGUCAAUCAAUCCUGAUGCUUUCCUGAUUGACAAUGUUCCUUCUUCUGAUGCAUUGGAAAGCGGUGACACCUCUAACCGGAUUUUGGGCGUGACCUUUUCAGAGGUUCCACCAACUUCUGUGGAGUGUUAUAUGCCCGAAGAAGAGUCUGGAUUUCCCGACAGUUGUCAUUCUACAGCCAUUUCUGAGAUCCAGUGUUCUCCUUAUGCGGUUACCAAUUGUGUUAAAGCAGCUCAAGUUUUGGAAGAGAACAUGCAUAAUUUUCAAGAAGAUGCAGUUAUGCCUGAAUCAAUGCAAAUGCAAGGUGGUGUUCCAGAAAGCACUGUAGAAAUCCCCAACGCAAACUUCAUGAGCUCUGAGACUGGGAAUGCAGAGUACAUGGAUAUGUCAGCGGUUUUGGAUGGGACCCUGCCUACAGAAACUGAUGCCUUUUCUCCUGAGCCUGAUGUAGAUGCUUUGCUGGGCUCUAACCUUCCGGGAAUUACUGAUAUCUUCUGGGAACAAUUUCUUCCAGCGAGCCCUCUGACUGGUGACGUAGAUGAAAUUAAUUUGAGUUCCACUGAUGGGGGGACCACGGAUCAAGAGUUGAAGUUGGCGGAGGAGAAUGGAUGGGACAAAACUCAACAUAUGAAUCAUAUUACUGAACAAAUGGAGCUUCUUGCACCAGGGAGCAGAAUUGGUUGACCUUGUCUUUCCAAUUGUAUAUACAUGUUUCUUGCUAUCAAGAGGUUGAUGUUGCGCCCUGAUGAGCAGGCAAAGCUCUUCUUCAAAGACUAAUAAUGACCAGCUAGGAUUCAAGUUUAAGAAACUCUUAUACUCAUGUAAUCUGGCUUGGCGAUAUCGUUUGAUGCAUUUUCGUCCAAGACCUUUUUGUUGGUAUAUGGUGAAGUCUAUUGUAACUAUGAUGUAGGCAAAUCCUGUUUUGGAUCGGAAAGUAAAUAGGGAGGGUGGUUCUUUCUAAACAUGUUGCGCCCCUUAUGAGGUGGGUUAUAAUAUGCACAAAACUUGAGCAGGUGCUUUAUGAAAUCUUAUUCAUAGGAGAGUAUUCCAACAGAUAUUUUGGUAUAAGAUUCAUGCAAAA